CAAGACUUCUGCAUCAUCAGGUAAAAAGGAACAGGAAACUGAAAGUCCGAGAUGGCAAGUGGACCAGCUCUGUCCACUGCUAGUGGAAGAUUAGAAAUCAAUCAUUCCCUCUCACUGUUAGAUGUUCUCGAUGCAAAACAGUUCGAAGGAGAGUCUUUCCCUCCAGAACUCCUUGAUCAGACAGAGGAAGACUUUUACAGAGGGGCCCCACCCAAAUGGUUAAACUUUCACAUUAGUGAACAGAGAGAGUCAAAUGGCACUGGAACUCCCUUCAUCAAACGAGAUGGAUACGACAUGCUUGUGAAAAAAAUUCACCAAAAGAAAAAACUCUCAGGAAUAUCAACUGUUAAACUGUUCCACCAGCCGGGAUGCGGGGGAUCCACUCUGGCCAUGAAGGUGUUGUGGGACUUGAGGAAAACCUUCAGGACCGCCGUUUUAACAGGCCCAACCUCAGACAUGACAAAGGUUGCAGAGGAGGUGGUCCAGCUUUUCACAGCAGGCAGUCGACACAACACUGUGCUGCUGUUGGUGAAUGAUGAGAAGGAUUUGGAAAGUCUGCCAAACAAAAUUAAGAUGAAGAUUGCUGAGCAGAAUAUACAUGUCCACACCUAUAUGCCUGUGGCGAUUUUACUCAAGUGUGUAAGAAAGGAUGCAGCUCUAGCGAGUGAUCAUGUCGUCCUACAAAAAGUAAUUUCUGAAGAAGAGAAGCAAAGAUUUGAUGAGAAAAAGAAAGAACUGAGCACAAGGUACAGGGAUAGAUACAAGCAAUUCCACGGCUUUAACAUAAUACAAACUAAUUUCUCUCAGGCUUACAUCCAAGAGGCAUGUUCUGUAUUUGAAACCACCAAAACAGCCAAGAGACUACAGAAGAACCAGCUUGCCGCCUUCUUAUCCCUGCUGAAUGUCUAUGUACCAGGCUCAUAUCUCCUGGAGUCUCAGUGCCUGGACUUCUUCAAACAUGACGACUACAUCCACGGAGACUUUUCACUGGAGGACCGAAUGGAGCCCUUUAGCCAUCUCAUCAUCACAUUCCAACAAGAUGAAAGAUCUGAAAAAAAAGUCUGCAUGGCUCACCCUAUGAUAGCACAGUGUUGUACUGAAUUGAUGGCUAAGUAUGGUGUGACCAGAAGUGACACAGCAACAAACUUGUUGACUUGUUUUUGCAGAGAAGAGUUUCCUCCGUUUUUGGUUGGUUUCGUCAAAGACAUGCUAACCAAAAGAGGAACAAAACCAAAAGAAAAUCUAGACGCAGUCAAUGACACAGAGACCAGAGAGGACCAAGAAAGGUAUUCUAGGCUGAUUCGAGAUCUUCAAAAGUUUGAGGGCAAAAAAAAGAGUGCAUCGGUUCUAAAGGAGGCGUCAAAUAAGUUUGAUCAAGAUCCAUUUUUUCCACAAGCACUUGCUCGUUUUUAUUACAUAGAACUAAAAUACUACCUUCAGGCUGAAAGGUGGGCAAAGGAAGCCAAGCUAAGAGAGCCCAAAAAUUCAUUUGUUGCUGAUACACUAGGCCAGAUCCAUAAGAACCAUUUGAAGAAUCUUUUCAAGAUCAAAAAGCAUACUGCCGAACCAAGAGAAAUUUUGCAACUGGCCUCAAAGGCCAUUGAAGCUUUCAAAGAUGAAGAAAGACUUGCUGAAAAUGAAUGUGGGACUGAGAUGAGAGGAGAUGGCAAUACCAAAGUCUCGAAUGUUUUUAACAUCAGAGGGCAGUUUGGUUAUGUGCAAGUUUGCAACCUUGUGUAUGACCAACUUGUCAGUCAGAACAGUGCUUGGAGGGAAGUUCUCACAAAGAAGUUGUCCUUGGAAUCACUUGGAGACAACAAACUCUUCAGCUUUAACGAUCUAAUAAAUAGCCUCAGAGAUGAGAUUGAGAGAAAAUGUGCAUUCUUUGAUAAAUACCUGACUUAUUCAAAGCCUGACUUUGAAAAUGAUCCUGCAUACAUUUCCAAAGACACCUCAGAGUGCUACAGGAAUUUUGUCGGAAACUCCCCAUCCAAAGAUUUCAAACAAAAAGGCGCUGAUCUCAUCCAGAAGCUCAAACAAAACCUAGCGGACACCUCCGCUGGAGUGCUCUCAUGUCUUGACAGAGAAUGCACUGAAUCAGACCUGAAAGAAAUAACCACAUGGUGGGAAGAAAUCUUUCUUCAGAAAGAUACCGUCACAGCUCUGGUCAACUACAUCCUCGCUCAUAUCAUGUUAAGAAAUAUGGGAGCAGUUUUACCUUCUGAUUGCAAGUAUUUAGCUGCUUUCAAGCAGAAAAUGCCUCUGAUCCCCAUUGAUUCACCUGAGCUCCACAUGUUAGCCCUCCUUCUGUGCUGGCCUACAGACAGUGAAGCCAGAUGUGUCCUUGACCUCAAUGAAUUAAUUCGGCGGAUGCACCGCUCAUAUGAAGUUGCAUAUGAGAUACACUUUCGAUCAAGGUACCUCCGCCCUCUGUUUUUCAUUGGAAAUGGUGAAGAUCUGAACAGAAUUGUUCACAGAAAGGUCCUCGAAAAUUUGUUUACCGAGGGAAAAGAGGAAACAAAACAAGAUUGGAGCAACAACUGGAACAAAGAGAAGAUUUUCCGAGAUCCCAAGGUCCAAGCACGCCUUGUCAAAGUUGAAGGGGUUGUACAAAACUACAAAGUCUAUGCAACUCUUGGUGACAUGAAGAUCGAGGUGGAGGCAAACCAACAAAACAGCCUCUGGAGACCUCGAACAAGUUUCCUUUUACCUGGGAUUUAACAUCAGAGGUCCUGUAGCCUUUGCCAUCCAGACAAAACCUGCAGCCAAGGAUAAGAAGGCAGAAGAAAUAUCAGGGAUGGAUAGCUCAGAACCAGAAGAUACCACUG